ACUUCGCGAGCUGGAGACUGAAGUGAGGAAACAGAUGGAUAGUCUUGUGAAGGUGCACGGAGGUGGCGGCUAUGACUCGGACUUCAGUGAUGAUGAUGCUCAGCGAGAGGACCCAGAGAAAGCCCUUAAAAGGAAACACGAAGAAGAAAUCUUACAGAAGCCGUUCCAGAAAGGUCGCCACUCCCAGAAAGCUCAUCGGAGUUUACACUCAAAUGAAGUGGACAGAGAGGAGGCCAGAAACAGAAGAGCCCACCUGAUAUCAUUGAAUGCUUUUGAGCGACAUAAGAAGUUUGUCGGUGACUACAUACUUUAUUAUGGAGGACAUUUGGCUGACUUCAAGCGCUCUGCAGCCAAAGACAAAACAGAUCUGGAUGUGCUGCGUGAGAAUCAUCGCUUCCUCUGGAGGGACGAGGACGAGGAGGACAUGACAUGGGAAAAAGAACUUGCCAAGCGGUAUUACGACAAGCUGUUUAAAGAGUACUGCAUAGCUGACCUCAGCAGAUACAAGGAAAACAAGUUUGGAUUCCGUUGGCGGACUGAAGAUGAAGUGGUUUCUGGCAACGGUCAGUUUGAGUGUGGGAACAAACGCUGCGAGGCGCAGGAAGGCCUCAAGAGCUGGGAGGUGAAUUUUGCCUACGUGGAACACGGCGAGAAGAAGAAUGCACUGGUCAAACUCAGAUUAUGUCCCGAAUGCUCUUUCAAACUCAAUUACCACCACAAGAGGAAGGAGGUGAAAGCAAAGACUAAAAGGCCAUCGGAGGAGAACCAGGAGCCACCACAGAAGAUGAAGAAGGAGAAGAAGAGGAAAAGAUCGUCUUCACGCUCCAAAAAGCAGCGACACAAGAGAGCCAGAAAUCCCUCGGCCUCUUCUGACGAAUCCGAGGAGUCGAAGGACUCGGACAAAGACUCUGAAGCCGGUGAUAAACCACAGAGCCAAUCAGAAGGCGAGCACUGGCGAGGGCCCGCCCCCGCAGUGGAGGAGAAGUCAAGGGAGGAGGAGUUUGAUGAAUACUUCCAAGACAUGUUUCUGUGACCGCGCUGUGAGGACACUUCCAACCCCCCCCCCCCCCCCGCAGGGCCGCAGACAUCCAGCCUGUUCAGUAUCCAGUCCAGUGUAGCUGUUGGUUUAAUGUGUAUUAUUGUGUGUUUUGGGACUGCUGCGGAAAAUAAAAGACGUUUUGUACGUUUUGACGAUCAAGUACGUAUUGCCCUGCAAUGUCUGUCAAUCACGCCGCUGUCGGCGUUUCAUUUGGCGAUGGACGCCGAUGUCUCCCCGUCCAGAUUGUCCGGACCCCCCCCCUCAAAAGCCAUGGCAGAUAUGCGUGUUGCUUUAGGGUGAACUGUAACUACUUUACCAACGUCAGUUACAACAUUCCAUUUGUUGAAUCUUUUGCUUAUUGACCAAUAUUUGUAAUAAAACAAAAGCCUUUUU